CACUUUUCUUUCUCCUCUUCCCCAUCAGACAAUCAAAAAAAUGGCAGCUCACAAUCAUCGUUUCCUCUUUGUAGGAAACCAUCAUCAUUGCUUCCCAGUUCCCACAAUUCCUUUCAACCCUAGAAACCUGAGCUCCUCCUCCUCCUUCCUUGAAUUUAAAUACCCUAUGCUUGCUCACCUUCCUUCCUCCCCCAAUCUCACCAUCUUUCUCUUCUUCUGAGCUUGCUUCUUCUUUCCCUUUUUUUUUUUUUUUUUAAGGCUUGUCAUUGAGUUUCCAACGGAGAAGAGCCAGAGGAGAUGGAUCCUUCUUCCACCAACUCUGUCAAUGGCUUCUAUAGCCUGCUAACGAGAGGGAUUGAUGAUCUUGAGCGCAUCUCUCUGUCUCACAGCUUCAUGUCAGUCCAAUUCCUCCAAAGGGUACUCUCGGUCCUCAGGUCCUUCCACACCAGUUUGUCCCUGCUUGUCCAGAAACUUCACUUGCCUGUGGGAGACAAGUGGCUGAACGAGUACAUGGACGAGAGCUCCAAGCUGUGGGACGCAUGCCAUGUCCUCAAGUCUGGAGUCUCUGGCCUGGAGAAUUGCUGCUCUGCGGGAUUGAAUGUGAUCUCCCUGUUCGAUGCUCACCAUCAUCACCUAAGCCCACAAGUCUCUAGACAGGUUAUCAGGGCGAUCAAUGGAUGCAGGAGAGAAGCCGUGGGGCUGGAGGAGGAGAACAGGGCACUCAUGGAGAUGAAGUUCAGGCCACUCUCGCUGAGAUUCGAGGAGAUGGGCGGCGCUUUCGAGUCGAAGCUCCACGGGUUCAAUGGCUUCAGGGGAGCUCUGUACGCGAUGAAGAACGUGAGCUCUCUGCUCAUAAUGAUCCUGCUGUACGGGCUGGUCUAUUACUGGCCAGAGGAAUCGAAUAUCCUUGGCAAGGAGUAUGAGAUGGAAGGGUGCUUGUUCUACGGGUCAUCAUUCAUGGUGUCGACGGCGAGGCUGAAGCAGAGGGUGGCCUCUGAGAUCGAGCAGGUGAGCGGUGGUGGUGGGACUGGGAUUCUGGCUCAGGAGUACAGGAGGUCGAGGACGGCCAUGGAUGAGCUGAGGGGCGAGCUGGAGAAGAUUUGCUCGGUGGGAGGGGUGGAUUUCGAGUCGCAGGUGAGGGUCAGAGAGAGAGUGGAACACUUGAGAGGGUGUUUUGGGGCGUUGAGAUCGGGCGCUGAGAAUAUAGUGGGCCAGCUUGAUGAUUUCUUCGAUGAGAUAGUUGAAGGGAGGAAGAAGCUUUUGGACUUUUGCAGCCACAGGUAGUGAAGGGCAAACAAAGCAAAACGGAGAUCAGUUAAGGUGGGCUAAAAUCGAAAAGAACAAGCGAGAAAGAGAGAGGGAGGAGAGAGGGAUGGUUCAUUAGUUUCCUGUUCAGGGAAAAACGACAUGUAGAGAAAUUUCUUGAUGUUGGUUGUACCUUUUGUCUUAUUUUAUUACUUCUUUUUCUUAGGUUUCCUCCUCUCCGGAGUCUCUUUCUUUUGUGGUCAAUUAUCGUUCCCAUA